UCUCAUAUGUUGGUCUUGGUCGUGGUCUCCGAGUUGUUUAAUAAACUUGUACAAAAAAUAAGUUGAGUAAUAAAAGCACGUUGGUUAACCUUAACCUUAAUCACAACCUCAAAUCAUUUGUAACCUUCAACCAAGACCAACUCUCUGUGUUUCCACUUUCUGCUUCUUCAACUUCCUUUCUCGAUCCAUUCUUUGGAACCAACACCGAACCAAAUCUAGAAGCCUCUCCGGUUUGAAAAAUGCCCGGUGUCCGGUUCCACUUCUAGCUUUUCAUUCCUCUGGUUCAAUACCAUGACACCUGGUUACGAAUACGAUAUUAAUGAUCUGCAUCAAGAAGCUCAAGCCAGAUGGCUGAAGCCAGCAGAAGUGAUGUACAUUUUACAGAAUCAUGAAAAGUUCCAGCUCACCCAAGAGCCCCCGCAACAGCCAACCAGUGGAUCCCUGUUUCUGUUUAACAAAAGAGUCCUUCGUUUCUUCCGGAAAGAUGGUCAUAACUGGCGCAAGAAAAGAGAUGGAAGAACUGUGGGAGAAGCACACGAACGGCUCAAGGUUGGAAAUGUUGAAGCCUUAAAUUGUUACUAUGCACAUGGAGAGCAGACACCUAGUUUCCAGAGGCGGAGCUAUUGGAUGUUGGAUCCGGAAUAUGAGCAUAUUGUUCUUGUGCAUUAUAGAAACACAAGUGAGGGAAGACUCAGUUCUGGAGCUGGGGCACAAUUGUCACCAAGUUCCUCUUCUGCAUUUAGUCAGAGUCCUAGCCCUUAUUCUAAUCAGAAUCCAGGGUCAACAUCCAUACUCGUUGAUUCAUAUGAACCUAAUCAGAGUUUCUCCAGUCCUGGAACUACAGAAGUUACGUCUGAUAUAUUCACUCUGAACAAUAAAAUGGAUCACAUGGAUGGAACCGAUGCAGAAUCAGGAACCUCAUCUGAGCUUGAAGUUACUCAAGCUUUGCGUCGACUGGAGGUACAAUUAAGUUUGAAUGAGGAAAGCUUUGAAGAUAUUGCUCCCUUCUGCAAUAAGCAUGAAACUGCCCACGUUUCAAACCCUCUGGACAAUCAAAGGGUGAUCAGCAAUCAAGAGCAAUCUGCUGCUUUCUCUGGACCUGUUAAUCAAGGGCUAUUUUAUGAUGAAUAUAAUGGAAGACAAGGUGAUGGAAGUCAAUGCUAUCAUGAACUAAUAGACCAUGGUUACCCAGAUGAAAAUGAAGAGGCUUUAUGGACAGGGGUGCUGGAAUCGUGCAAGUCCUCAACUGCUGUCAAGUUACCACCGGAAAAUGUAUACAUGGCAGCUGAAAAUCAGGAAAAUUCAGUAUCUUUUUCGAGAAGGGUACAAGUACCAGUUUCCAAACAGGAAGAGAAUCACUGGCUCAACUUCAACAGUGAUAAUUCUCAAAGCUCCGUUUUCUCACCACCUCAAGGGGUUGAUGAUGUCAAAUUUCCUGCAUAUUCUUCUGUGGUGGAAACACGAGUAACUAAUUCUGGCUACUAUGAAACAUUGUUUGACCAAAGCCAAAUUAUAGCACCUCUAGAUGCAGAUUCAAGCUUGACUAUUGCACAAAAACAGAAAUUUACCAUUAAGACAUUCUCCCCAGAAUGGGGUUAUGCCACUGAGACCACAAAGGUCAUCAUUGUUGGGUCUUUUCUGUGUCAUCCAUCAGAUUCUACCUGGGCAUGCAUGCUUGGUGAUGUUGAAGUUCCUGUUCAGAUAAUUCAUGAUGGUGUAAUCUGUUUUGAAGCUCCUCCUCACCUUCCUAAAAAGGUUACACUGUGCAUUACUUCCGGAAACCGGGAGUCCUGCAGUGAAGUCAGAGAGUUUGAAUACCGUGAUAAGACUUAUAGUUGCACCCAAUGUAAUCAAUCAAAAACAGAAGCCACUAGAAGUCCUGAAGAGCUGUUAUUACUUGUUAGAUUAGGACAGAUGCUUCUUUCUACAUCAACAAUAAAGAACGACCACAUAGAACCCGGAAUUCCUCUCAUAAAACAGAAAGCUGAUGAUGAUUCAUGGAGCCAUAUUAUAGAGACUCUUCUAGUUGGCAGUGGAACAUCGACUAGUAUUACUGAUUGGCUUCUUGAAGAGCUUCUAAAGGAUAAGCUUCAACAGUGGCUUUCUUACAGAUCUCAGGAAAGAGAUGAAGAGACAGGCUGCUCUUUGUCCAAGAAAGAGCAAGGCAUUAUUCACAUGGUUGCUGGAUUGGGUUUUGAGUGGGCCUUGAACCCUAUUCUUAGUUGUGGAGUUAACAUAAAUUUCCGUGACAUCAAUGGGUGGACUGCCCUUCAUUGGGCUGCCCGUUUCGGAAGGGAAAAAAUGGUUGCUUCACUUGUAGCUUCUGGAGCAUCUGCUGGAGCUGUGACAGAUCCAACUGCACAAGACCCAAUCGGAAAAACUGCUGCAUCUAUUGCAGCCAGCAAUGGGAACAAGGGACUAGCAGGAUAUCUUUCAGAGGUAGCUGUAACAAGCCACCUAUCAUCACUUACAUUGGAAGAGAGUGAGUUAUCUAAAAGUACUGCCCAGCUUCAGGCAGAUAUGACUGUGACCAGUGUCUCCAAGGAAAAUCUUGCUGCCAAUGAGGAUCAGGCGUCACUCAAAGAUACCUUGGCUGCUGUAAGAAAUGUAACUCAGGCAGCUGCCCGGAUACAAUCUGCUUUUCGGUCACAUUCUUUUAGAAAACGGAGAGCAAGAGAAGCAGCUGCUGGUGUAGAUGGUACGAGUAUAGGUGGCUUUGGUAGCAUUCCAGAAAUUUCUGCUUUGUCAAAACUUGCCUUUCGAAACUCACGCGAACAUAAUUCAGCUGCUUUAUCAAUUCAGAAGAAAUAUCGUGGUUGGAAAGGUCGCAAAGAUUUCUUAUCGUUGCGCCAAAAAGUAGUGAAGAUACAGGCUCAUGUGAGGGGUUACCAGGUUAGGAAGCAUUACAAGGUAAUAUGGGCAGUUGGAAUCCUGGAUAAGGUCGUGCUGCGAUGGAGAAGAAAAGGAGCUGGUUUACGAGGUUUCCGACAAGAGAUGGACAUCCAUGAAGAUGAAGAUGAAGAUAUUCUCAAGGUGUUCCGAAAACAGAGAGUGGAUGUAGAAAUUGAAAAGGCCGUUUCACGGGUGCUGUCCAUGGUCGACUCACCAGAUGCUCGUGACCAAUAUCAUCGCAUGCUUGAGAAAUAUCGUCAAGCUAAGGCUGAACUUGCUGGUACGAGUGACGAAGCAUCAUCAACAACUUCUGUGGGGAAUGCCUUAUUUAUGGAGGAUGACUUCUAUCCAUUUCCAUAGCCGUGCUAAUCUUCAUUCUUUUGAAUGAUUAAUUUCUGAAUAACCAUUUCGACGGUCUUUGUGUUUUAGAUGCUUAUAACAAGCUGACUUGUUAGUUUGAGACAGUCUUGAUUGUAUAGUGAUAAUGACGUUGAACACUGUUGCUUUGUAAAAUAUAAAGUUGUGUUGAAUGCAAGUAGAGUGGCGUUUCAAAUUGAA